AAGCGGUGAAUGGUUCGUGGUCAUGGUCCAACCAAUGAGGUUCCUGAGAUGGGUCGCAUCCAAGGUUGGAACCACUGAACCUGUUGUGGUAAAUCCUCGCGAGUUUGUUUUGCCUCUGUUACGACUCAUGAUCCAGGUCCGUUCUCUUUACAAUUUAGUGAUGAUCCUAACCUUUGAUUUUCAGUAUUGAAUGCGAGCCAUUGAAAAUCUCCUUUUCAUUGUUCUGAUUCAUCUACAGAUAGUCAUUGCAUAACUCUUCUUAUGGCAGUGUUGACAACAUACAGUCCAGAACAUAGGGUUCUGAUCAACAGACCACUCAGCAUGUAGGCCCUAGUGAGUGAACUCAAAUUCUUGCCUGAGGGCAGAUAAACACAAUCUUUCAUUUUAUAAAGAGCAUGACUUCAGCUUACAUAUUAUCUCCCACCAUUGAAAGAUGGCGGGAAUCUCGCAAGUAUUUCAAAAUGCAAAUUUUCGAUGGCUUAUGUUUAAGUGGACAUAAAAUCUAUUCCCUUUUAUAGCAGGAAUUCAUAUGAAAGGUAAAAGGAGAGAGCUUAGAUUUAUUUGAUAUGCUGGCUUAGUAUGGCAUCUUGUCAGGAGGAUGCAUUGCAUACAUUGACCUCAAUCCAAACCGUCUAAAUCACAGGACCGCUGUGGAUAUGUCAGGACCGAAAAAAUGAUCGGAUGAUCACGUCCUUUUGACGGUAGUAACAUGAUUGAAUUCGGAAAAUGUCAAUGAUCCAACGAGAUUUCCAUAAUUGGUGUUUAGGAAUUUUUAAUUCAUUUUAUUUUUUUUCCCCACCUGCUGUGGGGCCUGCAAGUUGGAGGAUUCGAUUUAUGGCUGUGCAUGCGUGUGGAUUGUCCUCUGCCAGAGCGUGGACUUUUUAUUUUCUUUAAUAUUACAGAGCUUAUUCUAUUAUGUUUCGUGUGGUCCCACUGAUGUAGGUUCCACACAUGUACUCUGUCCAUAAGGUGCGCUCCUUCAAGUUCACCCACCAUGUUUUAUAUAGGCCAUCCAAUCCAUUCAUAAGAUUCUCCCGGCCAGGAAGGAUGGACACUCCAAGAUUAGGCCAUUCCAAUACUAAGGUGGGCCACACCAAGUGGUUUUAGAGGUUUCAGGCAUUACUAUCUACGGUGAGUGGACUGAGUGGACGCACCUGGUGGACUGAGUGGAUGCCAUGCAUACAUCACGGUGGGGCCCACACACAUUGUUGUAUAAAUAAGCUUAUGCUACAAACAUUGUAGAAGUACCCGCCUCUUAUAUUAUUCUAUGGGAAGCAGCGGUAGCCUCUAUAAAAAAAUACCAUUUGGAAGGACAUGCAAAUCACUAACUGGAACGUUGAUCAUGCUCCUCACGUUCUCUUCCUCCUUCAAAUACCUGUAAAUGACCCACCAUCCUCUCAUCACAACCCUUCAACACCAUGUCUCUUUGUGGGCCUGAAUCAUCUGUACUCAUGACUCCACACCCUGAAGGAGAUGAAAUACCAUGCGGAGAAGAAGAAGAUCACCGUAGGAUAAGCAGCUCAGACAAUUGCAAAGCGACGGCCAUUGAAGAAGAAUACGACGCUUUCUAUGCUCAAGAAACUCUGCACUCCUUGAUAGAAAAGGAGAAACAGAUAUCGGUGGAUCCAAUAUCACUGAAACAAUCGACAAAGACAGGUGAUAGGAUGCCUUCCGGUGCCACCGCUGCUGUUACUCCCAUGAGUGCUAAAAUGCUGGCAGCGUUAGCGCUGCUGCCUGCAAAACCCAAGUUCUUAAGCGCCAGCCUGCCUUGUUCGGGGACCUCAUCUCCACGGUCGGGGUUGGCUGUCGGCAAGAACCGAAAGAAGUCGACAAAACAAAGCCUGGUAUCUCUCUCCAUCAGCUCCCUGGCGCGCCAACAUUCAGAUGUGCUCUCUCGCCUCUCGCAUGAACCAAAAGGCUUGCGUAAGAGCAAGUCUUGUGGUGAGGGUAGAGCUUGCCCACCGUCCGAUGAAUUCGAUCUCUGUUUGAGAAAACUUGAUAGCCCUCAUGAAGACAACAGAGAGGAUGACUACUACAAACGCAAUGCCUUUGAAGCCGCCACCAAGAAAUCUGAUCCCUACGACGAGGGCUUCAAAUGCGGGGCGUUGUGCUUAUUUUUGCCGGGCUUGACAGGCAAGGCAAAACAAGUGAAGCCCAAAAGAGAUGACGAUGAAAAUGUGAUCUCGAGGGUAGUUUCCUUGGAGAAAUUUGAAUGUGGAUCAUGGUCUUCAUCUGCCAUAAUGAAUGAUGAUGAGGGCGACGAGGGGAUGCACCUCUACUUCGACCUGCCAUUGGAGCUGAUAAAAAACAGCACCAACGAUGCCAACUCACCAGUUACAACUGCUUUUGUCUUCGACAACGACCGCAAGGGCGGCCUGAAGAAGAACACGUCGAGGAAGUCCCAUGAGUCGGCUCGCCAUGUUCGGUUUUCGACAUCGGCUCCAGUAUCGUACCCCUCCUCGCCAUCUUCAUCUUGCAUUACUCCUCGCUUACGCAAGGCCAGAGAGGAAUUCAAUGCCUACUUGGAAGAAGCGCAACGGGCGUAGGAUUUGGGAAGGGAUGCAAUCCAUAUUUAGUGAAAACCAUGCAUGCACUCACAUCUGCAUUCAUAUACUUUUGUUAUUUUUUCCUCGUAGUGUUGAAGAACUCGACGUUGCGUUGCGCUACGCUGCAAACCAUGCAUAUUUUGGGUGUGUUUAGAUCUUGUUUGGAUGCACAAACGAAUUGAAUUGUGAAAUGAGGAAA